AUGCGAAAACUUCUUAAAGAGGAGGAACCAGAGUCGGAGUCGCUCAUAUCAUCUCCCGUACGAUCGGUUCCCUCCUCUACUUUUAAUCGUCGUAGUGUCAUUCAGAUGGAACGACGACAUAGAGAAAUUUCUCUCGACGAAGUUGAUAUGGGAGACCCAGCACUUGUUCAUGUUGACACUACAGGAGGUGGCUACGCUUCAUUCAAUUCUGCUGGCCAUUCUCAUGAUCGUGAGGACGAUGACUAUCCGGUAGACAACGCUCCUCCACUUUUCAGUAAAUAUGGCGAUUUUCACACGAUCGAUUGGCAACGGGAUCUUGCUAGAGAUCGUUUGCGGCACAAACUUAUCGUCAGUAAAAGGGCAGACUUUCCGUUAGGAAUUGUCCAAAGUGCAUGGGAUGCAGGUGCGGGAUGGAUAUGUGUGUUGAUGGUAGGUCUUGCUGCCGGAGCUACAGCUGGUGUUAUAGAUAUUGGAGCUCGGUGGAUGAGUGACCUUAAGGAUGGAAGAGUUUUUAACGAUGAUUCUGACUGCAGUGCUUGGACAGCAUGGCCAGAAAUGCUAGACUACUACGGGAAGAGUCCAUUUUUCUACGUUUUGGAGUUUAUGUUUUACGUUGGAUGGGCUGUACUUAUGGCCACUUUAGCCGUGCUUCUUGUGAAGGUCUUUGCACCCUACGCAUGUGGUUCCGGUAUCCCGGAAAUUAAGUGUAUUCUGUCUGGUUUCGUUAUACGUGGUUAUCUUGGGAAGUGGACCUUUAUAAUAAAAUCGGUCGGCUUGAUUUUGGCAUCUGCAUCGGGACUAUCUCUUGGUAAAGAGGGCCCAAUGGUGCAUCUUGCUUGUUGUAUUGGUAAUAUUUUCUCAUAUUUAUUUCCGAAAUAUGGGAUGAAUGAGGCAAAGAAGCGUGAAAUCCUUAGUGCAUCAGCUGCAGCUGGUGUAAGUGUGGCUUUCGGCGCUCCUAUCGGAGGUGUUUUGUUCAGUUUGGAGGAAGCUUCGUAUUACUUUCCCUUGAAAACUAUGUGGCGCUCGUUCUUCUGUGCUCUCGUUGCCGGUAUCAUUCUGCGUAUUGUGAAUCCAUUCGGAAGUGAUCAGACAUCACUUUUUCAUGUAGAUUACAUGAUGAAAUGGACAUUUGUUGAACUUAUUCCAUUCGCUGGACUUGGUCUAUUUGGUGGUAUUCUUGGAAGCCUCUUCAUCUUUGCGAACAUCAGGUGGUCGCGGUUUCGAAAGACAUCAAAGACGUUGGGAGGGAACCCGAUAUAUGAAGUGAUUGUUGUCACAUUUCUUACGGCUGCAAUUUCAUAUUUCAAUCCGUAUAUGAGAAAGAGCGCAUCGAGCAUGAUUAAACAGCUUUUCGACAGAUGUGGUCCAGAAGACUACAUGAUCAACUUGUGCGACUACCAGAACAAAACAUUUUCUAGUAAUAAAGUUGAUGAUAACUAUCAUACUGGAGUUUUUGGAAGUGGAGUCCAGAGCGCUUUUUGGCAGUUAAUAAUGGCGUUAAUUUUCAAGUUUAUUUUUACUAUUUUCACCUUUGGUAUCAAGGUUCCUUGUGGAUUGUUUGUACCAUCGAUUGCGAUGGGUGCAAUUGCAGGAAGACUAGUCGGAAUGAGCAUGGAAAGCAUAUUCACCUCAUUUCAGACGGAAGGCGGUCACUCAUCGUAUUGGUCUUGCCAAAUCGGGAAGGACUGUGUGAUGCCUGGACUUUAUGCGAUGGUCGGUGCUGCUGCGGUUUUAGGAGGAGUGACUAGGAUGACAGUGUCGCUCGUAGUGAUUAUGUUUGAACUUACUGGCAGCUUAGAAUUCAUUGUUCCUACAAUGGUUGCCACAAUGUUUUCGAAAUGGAUUGGUGAUGCGAUUUGUAAAACAGGUAUCUACGAUGCUCACAUUGAAUUAAACGGUUAUCCAUUUUUGGAUAACAAAGAAGAAUAUCCGUACUCUACUAUUGCUGUCCAGGUGAUGAGACCCUGCCCGACAGCUUCUGUGAGCUCUGUGAAUCAGGCGGAGGAUCAUCACGACCGCAACGAACUUUCUGUCAUAGUUCAGGAUGGAAUGUCUCUCGGUGACCUUGAACAGCUUCUGCGCGAGACUAACUACAAUGGAUUUCCUGUUGUUGUGUCUACAAACAGCAUGUAUUUGGUUGGAUUUGUUACACGGCGGGACCUCCAACUUGCCCUACAUGCGGCGAGGAAGACACAACCGUACAUAGUCACGGAUUCUCUUGUUUAUUUCACUAAUCAAGUCCCAGAGUCAACAGCAGGAGGACCGGCUCCUUUGAGAUUAAGAAAAAUUAUUGAUCUCGCUCCUAUGACUGUUACGGAUCAAACACCAAUGGAAACAGUCAUUGAUAUGUUCAGAAAACUCGGAUUGCGGCAGGUGCUAGUCACAAAAAAUGGUAAAGUGCUUGGAAUUAUAACAAAGAAGGAUAUACUACAGUUUAUGCGAAAUACGCAACCAAAUCGUCAUAGCGAACAGUCGAAGAAAAUGAAAGGAUAUGGCAUCUCGAUGCCUCCGGUGAAUGCCGGCAUCGCUAGCGAUAUGGAGAUGCUUUUGGAGGCUUUCAAAACAAAGCAAUCCGUUCGUCUGAUAAAGUUUCAUGAAGUUGCAAUCGAGUACGAAUUGAGCAGCAUCUAUGCCGGACGCUUAAGUUUGGCUGAACUUAUUGAGUUCGAAGAAUGUUUACUGAAAGCAGCAUUCGCUUAUACAAGUCCGACAAGGGGCUCCAGAGUAGGGUCGUCAACGCCUCGUACCUUAACCGAACGGGUUUUUGGUGUCUACGCAACAUUUGUGCUCUAUUACAGUCAACCGAUCGACUAUGUGUCGAAGAUUCUCGUGACUCCACGUGAUCUCUUAGAAAUGAGGCGUUUUUGUGAAGAGAUUUUAUUGCCUGGAAGACAUCUGGACACCUUCGGAUGUCUUUAUAAACUUUAUGUAGAUGAUGCAUUUAGUAUCGUUGCAUUUGUGAAUAGUUUUGAUCCUAUCUGCCACCGUCGUUAUGACUUACCAAAUUCGGAAGAGGAUGUAGUGGAUGAAGACGAGAAACAUGUCCCAAUUUUGGAAACCACUACACUCUUGGAAGAUCCUAUUCUUAAGACUAUGGCCCAUGUUCAAAAAGAGAUGGAGAAAAAACAAAAACUGAUAGAUGGAUGUCCAAAAGUUGCAGAAACGAAAGAGAACUUUUUGACGAGAAUUAACAAAAUCUACGCUUCGCUCAAGAAUGAAAUCGCCAAAGUCAACACCGGAGAAAUCGAUGAGCCGAGUGAGGAGGCUACAACGAGUACAAGCAAUGAACCACCUACAAAUCCUGACCAGCCCACUACGUCCGAAGGUCCCAGUCGACUAUCGAUCAAGGAUAAGGCGUAUGCUUCUAAGAUUAUAUACUCAAGGAAUCGUCGCUAUGCGGAUCCAGAGAUGCACGAGAAUUUUGCUGAUUUGAUGCAAGAAAAAGAGAGUCCAGAUGGGAAAGAACCUGAAACGCCAACAGCAGAGAAAUCGUCUCCGAAAAAGCGCAAGCGUAAGCCAAAAACCGCCGUUCCGGACGUUCCUGAUUCUGUUGACACCAAUUUGGAUGUUGAGCUUUUUGAGGGGAAAGCUACCGAUCACGAGGCGACUGAGGGUUUAUCAUCGCCGAAAACCCGCAAGAAAAGACCACCUCGUAAAAGUAAAGCGAAAAAAACAGAAAAUCAGGACAACACAAAACCCAAACCGCAAGCGACAGAACAACGUAACGUGCAAGAGAAUCAAACUAAAACUCCUCCGGCACCAUCUGUAGAUGCUGAUUUUGAAGCAACGCUAAAACGAUUGGAAGCAUCGCUUGAAGGUCCAGAAGAUGUUCGUGUGAGAAAUUUAUUCAGAAAGGAUAGAAAUAAGGAAAAGGCCUCAAGGGACAGUGUUUCGGAUUGCGAUCUUUGA